GGGGCGGGACCGGGCGCGCAGGGCUAACCCCGCGCCCCGCAGGUCGCCGGGCCGGGACUCCAGCUGAGACGCCGCCAUGGCCGCGCGCGCCCGCGGGUCCGUGCGCGCCUUGCUCGCCGCGCUGCUGGCGCCGGCGCUAUUGUCGCUGCUCGUGUCGCCCGCGCGGGGUCGCGGCGGCCGGGGUCACGGGGACUGGGACCCGGUCAGGGUGCCGCCGCUGCCGCCCCGCGAGGACGCGGCGCGCGUGGCCCGCUUCGUGACGAACCUCUGCGACUGGGGCGUGCUGGCCACCGUGUCCUCGCUGGAGGCGGUGCGCGGCCAGCCCUUCGCCGACGUCCUGUCCCUCAGCGACGGGCCCCCCGGCGCGGGCAGCGGCGAGCCCUACUUCUACCUGAGCCCGCUGCAGCUCACCGCGAACAACCUGCAGGAGAAUCCACAUGCCACACUGACCAUGUCUUUGGCACAGACUGACUUCUGCAGGAAACAUGGAUUUGAUCCUCAGAGUCCCCUUUGUGCUCACAUAAUAAUGUCAGGAACUGUGACCAAGGUGAAUGAGACAGAAACGGACUUUGCAAAGAAUUCAUUAUUCACUCGACACCCUGAAAUGAAAACCUGGCCUUCCAGCCAUAACUGGUUCUUUGCCAAGUUGAAUAUAACCAAUAUCUGGGUGCUGGACUUCUUUGGUGGACCAAAAAUAGUGACACCAGAAGAAUAUUACAAUGUCACAUUUCAGUGAAGCAGAAUAUGGAGAAUUUAACCACGUGUGAAGUUCCUUAGGAGGCUCAUGCACACUCACAGGGCUUACUGUUUCUCUGGAAAGUUUCCCAGGAUAUUAGUUUUCCGUCACAUGCUGGUUUGCUUGUUUGCCUGCUUGUUUGCCAAAUAGAGUUGGACUGGAUUUCUUGAGAGAGGUGGUUGCUAGAUUUUUUUUUUUUUUCAUAUUUUGAAGCCAUUUAUGUAGAGGAAUGACUUUCACUACAAUUAAAGAAGUUUUGUUCCAUCAAUUCCAAAUAUGUUUCCAAUGGUGCUCCUUAAAGAGGAGCAAGCACCAGAUUUAGGUUGCCCCUUGGCGUUGGAAGGUGCUGGAGCCUGUGUUCUUUAUUCCCGGAAGCCAUGGACGGUGCUGGGAGUGGACGGCGCUCACCACCGCUGCCCCAGAGCGCCUGAGCUGGUGCGGAGGGGCUGGUUCCUGCGAUGGUGGCGUGCCUGGAUAAAUCUUGCCACAACCAGCAAGCGGUACGAAACACCAGUGCAGCUUCCUACUCAGGUCCAUUUAUGUCUGACAGUCCUGGGUAGUAUUGAUCUGGCACAGGACAAAACUAUUUUUUAUAAAGAACUUUUUAAAAGACUUUUUACAUUCUAAAAUGAUACUUACUUAGAACAAAAGAAGUUCAUAAGAUUUUCCUAAAUUUCACAUAAAUGGAGACUGUAUAAUCAAAACACACACAUAUUAUUUUGGAGGGAUUACAAAAGAAAGAGAAGGGAGUUUUGUGUGUUUCUGUUAUUCUUUUAUAAUCAACUUUAACUCAGGCAUGGACCAGCUUCAGCGAGGGACAAAAUCUGUCUCCCAAACCACUCUUCAUAGCUUUUUAAAUACUGGUACUCCCAGCAGCGACCUAAGCCUUCCGCAGCUGCUCUGAAUCUCUAAAUAGCUCCUACCGCUGCUGUGACCCAAACCAGGUCAUCAAAGGGAAGAGAACGUGGCAUUUAAAAAAUCACAUUUCUUUGGAAGAGAAGACAUUAUUUAAUUUUACUACCCAUACACAUGAUUUUAGAAGAUGACAUCAAAUUCCUUUUAAUGAAGUAUGUCAGGAAUCAAGCCACUGAAUUCUUAAAAGGUAAAGAGAAAAGUUAAACAUGAGUCAUUAUGUUUGAAAAUACAAAAUGAACUGAAAUCAAGCAGACAGCUUCUGUUUAAGAAAAAUGAUUUAUACUAAACUUAGUCAAAUAGAUUUCUUAGUCAAAGCAUAAAUAAUUAAAAGCAUUAUUUUAAUGAAA